CUGUCCUAAUCUCCAUCACAUUUCUUAUUUCUCUUCAUCAACAUAAUGGAAUGGUUUUCCUUUCCUGUUUCCAUGGCCUUACUUUCCCUCAUCUUACACUGCAUACAUGCAGUUCCUCAGGUUCCUUGCUACUUCAUUUUUGGAGACUCCUUGUCAGAUGAUGGCAACAAUAACUACCUUCCAACACUAGCAAAAGUAAACUAUCCGCCAUACGGAAUCGACUAUCCUCAAGGACCAACGGGAAGGUUCAGCAAUGGCAAAAACAUCCAGGACGUUAUUGCCGAAAACUUGGGUUUUCCAAGUCCAAUUCCUCCGUUUGCGAACGCAACGGGCAAUGCCAUACUCAAAGGUGUCAAUUAUGCCUCUGGUGGGGCAGGAAUCCGUUUUGAAACAGGAGAAACUGUGGGGGCUCGGAUAUCACUGGAUAUGCAGUUAACAAAUCAUGCAAUUACCAUAUCUAAAAUUGCUGCAAUAUUAUUAAGCAAUGAAUCUGCUUCAGAUCUCCUAAGCAAGUGUAUAUACACUAUCGACAUAGGCAGCAACGACUACAUUCUCAACUACUUCUUGCCACAGUUCUAUCCUACCAGCCACCAGUACACCCCACAACAAUAUGCUAAAGUCCUCAUACAACAAUAUUCACGUCAAAUUCAGAAUUUGUACCAUAAUGGAGCAAAGAAAUUUGCCUUAUUUGCAAUCGGUUAUAUCGGAUGCACUCCCUAUGCUGUAGCAACUUACGGUACUAAAAAUGGCUCUGCCUGCGUAGAUGACCAGAACCAAGCUGUCCAACUUUUCAACGAGGCGCUCCUGUCUCUUGUCAACGAACUCAAUAACAACAUAUCUGAUGCUAAGUUCACCUACAUAAAUCCUUAUGGCUUCACAGCUACCGGUUUUGUUACGAAUUCUAGCUGUUGUGAAGUAGACAAUGGGGGACAGCUUUGUGUUCGGAACUCAGUUCCAUGUUCUGAUAGAAGCAAAUAUACGUAUUGGGAUGGAGUGCAUCCAACUCAGGCCAUCAACAUCCUUGCCGGUGACUUUGCUUAUGCAACAACGUCUACUUCCAAUGCCUAUCCAUUUAACCUUCAAAGUCUGGCACUUCAAUGAUGGAAAUGGAGACGUACGAAGCUUACCUUGAAUAAUUUCCAUUUUCUUUUUGAGAAUAAAUAAGUAAUAAAAGAAGGCUAAAAAUGUAUGGUCAGGUCUACAUUGAUUUGAUUCUAUAUAUAUCCAUUAAAUAAAGACUUUGUUGCAGU